AUGAUAAACCUCAGGAGGGAAACGAAAUUUAUUCUGAAGUUGCGGAGGAGCAUGGGACAUUGCACAUCUCUAAGUAAUGGGAGAGACAACUGGGUUACCCCCUCAGGAAUGACCAACCAUCACGCCCUGACAACGAAACGACACCUAAGCAUCCACGAAUAUUUAUCAAUAGAUCUGUUGCGAAAAAAUAUGAUUCCAUGUGCACAAGGGUUCGCAGCGAAAACUCCAGAAGAAGCAGAGGAGAAGGCACUGGAGCUACAAAGCCUUUGUGGAGACAUCGACUUAGUAAUAAAAGCGCAGAUACUGAGUGGAGGAAGGGGAGUAGGGUACUUUAAAGAAAAUAAUUUCGAAGGAGGAGUUCACAUCUGUCGCAACAGUACAGAAGUGAAAGAAGUAGCGUCUAAAAUGUUAAACAAAACACUGGUGACGAAGCAGACAGGAGAGGAGGGGAAAAAAUGCAAUACUGUUUUUAUAUGUGAGCGUUUUUACAUAAGGAAGGAAAGGUAUGUUGCUUUUCUACUAGACCGAAGUUCCGAUGGGAUACUACUCCUUGGAUCAUCCACGGGAGGUUCCUCUAUCGAAGAAAUUAGCAAAAGGAAUCCCGAUGCUAUACACAAAAUGAACAUAGAUGUACAAAACGGGUUCAGUCAUGGUCAGGCACGUGAAUUUUGUGAAAAAAUUGGGUUCAAAAAUACAGAGUUGGAUAUCGCCACAGAUGUAAUAGCAAAUUUGUACAAAAUUUUUAAGCGAUAUGAUUGUACGUUGCUCGAGAUUAAUCCUUUUUCCGAGACCAACGAUGGAAGAGUCCUAUGCUGUGACGCCAAACUAAAUUUUGAUGACAAUGCAGAGUACCGACAGAAGGAGGUAUUUCAACAGAGGGACCUCUCACAAGAAAAUGCAGAAGAAAUACAAGCAAAGAAAUUUAACUUAAAUUAUGUUUCUCUUGAUGGGAACAUCGCUUGUAUGGUCAAUGGAGCAGGUCUAGCCAUGGCUACCUUAGAUCUCAUCGUACUGCAUAACGGCUCCCCUUCCAAUUUCCUGGAUGUUGGGGGAGGGGCAACGGAAGACGAAAUUACAGAGGCAUUAAAAAUAAUUAACAAUAAUGCAAAGGCUAAGGUAUGCUUCAUUAAUAUCCUGGGUGGCAUUAUGAGAUGCGAUAUCAUUGCGAGGGGUAUUAUCCGGGCUGUUAAAGAUACUGCAUUUAAGAAGGCACUUAUAAUUCGGCUGGAGGGGACAAACCAGGACGAGGCGGAGAAGCUGCUCCGCGAGUCGGGGAUUAAAUGCGUUUUUUGCCAGGACAUGAACGUCGCCGCGCAGAAGAGCGUGGCCAUGGCGAAUAUCAUUGAGACCGCCGCGCGCGCGGACGUGCAGGUCGCCUUUACGUGA